GGAGCGGGACGCAGCCCGAUCUGCUCUCCUCCAGCACGGCUGUUUAAAAGCGUACUGAUUUUGAAACGAGCAGCGUUGGCCAACGACGGUACCAGCGACCGACCGAAACGGGAUUUUACGUCUUUUAAUACUGCCUGGGAGCAGGGUGCCGAGGAAUGUAUUCCGCUGACAGCGUGUCGGGAUUAGAUAUGUAGUAGUUUCACCCGUAUUUGCUGUGUUUUUGUCGCUUUUGUUGCGUUUUUAUUUUGUUGCUGGGGACCUCCUUGCUUCAACUCGGGAACUCUCCGUUGACAUUCCCUCUCUUUGGCAGCUCCUCUGUUUUGCCGCAUGCGGAGGAAAUGGCAACCGCUCUCAGUGGCCGGAGUAUGGGCGGACGGGCGCCGAACCCGCGGAAAGGCCGGAUUUUGGGCCUCAUCGACGCCAUCCAGGACGUGGUGGGACCCCCGAAACAAGCCGCCGCGGACAGGAGGACGGUAGAGAAAACGUGGAAACUCAUGGAUAAAGUGGUGAGGUUGUGUCAGAACCCCAGACUACAGCUGAAAAACAGCCCUCCUUACAUCCUGGACAUCCUGCCGGACACCUACCAGCACCUGAGGAUGAUCCUGUGCAAGUAUGAGGAGAACCAGAAACUCGUGCAGCUCAGCGAGAACGAUUACUUUAAGGUCUACAUCGACAGCCUGAUGAAGAAAUCGAAAAGGGCUAUCCGCCUCUUUAAAGAGGGCAAGGAGAGGAUGUACGAGGAGCAGUCACAGGACAGGCGAAACCUCACCAAGCUCUCGCUCAUCUUCAGCCACAUGUUGGCCGAGAUCAAGGCCAUCUUCCCUGAAGGCCAGUUUCAGGGAGACACUUUCCGCAUCACCAAGGCCGACGCCGCAGAGUUCUGGAGGAGAUUUUUCAGCGAAAAGACGAUCGUGCCGUGGAAAGUGUUCCGUCAGUGCCUUCACGAAGUGCAUCCCAUCAGUUCAGGCCUGGAGGCCAUGGCCCUCAAGUCCACCAUCGACCUCACCUGCAACGACUACAUUUCCGUCUUCGAGUUCGACAUUUUCACGCGCCUCUUCCAGCCAUGGGGAUCUAUUCUGAGGAACUGGAACUUCUUGGCAGUAACCCACCCAGGCUACAUGGCCUUCCUGACCUAUGACGAGGUGAAGGCACGACUGCAGAAGUACAUCAACAAACCGGGCAGUUACAUCUUUCGGCUGAGCUGCACACGGCUGGGCCAGUGGGCCAUCGGCUACGUCACCAGUGAUGGAAACAUCCUGCAGACCAUCCCCCACAACAAACCGCUCUUCCAGGCACUCAUUGAUGGCUGCCGAGAAGGAUUCUAUCUGUUCCCUGAUGGUCGCAGUUAUAACCCUGAUUUGACUGGCCUCUGUGAACCCACUCCUCACGACCACAUUAAAGUCACCCAGGAGCAAUACGAGUUGUACUGCGAGAUGGGCUCUACGUUUCAGCUGUGCAAAAUAUGCGCAGAGAACGACAAAGAUGUGAAGAUUGAACCUUGCGGUCACCUCAUGUGCACCUCCUGUCUCACAGCCUGGCAGGAGUCAGAUGGCCAAGGCUGUCCCUUCUGCCGCUGCGAGAUUAAGGGCACGGAAAGGAUCAUUGUGGACCCUUUCGAUCCGCGCAACGAAGGUGCCAAAUGCUUCUUCCUGGACCAGUUCACCUCACCCAUGCUGGACCUGGAUGAUGAUGAUGACCGAGAUGACUCGCUCGUUAUGAAUGGCCUGGCUAACAUCAGAAAGUGUACGGAGCUCCAGAACUCUCCAGUGAUGUCUCCCAGCUCUUCCCCUGUAAGCCAGCGCAGAAAACCCGCAGCAGACCACACGGGCAUUCAGCAUCUCAGCCUGCCGCCCGUGCCGCCCCGUCUCGACCUCAUCCAGAAGGGUGUGAUCCGUUCACCCGCCGCAAGCCCCACCGGGUCACCAAAGUCUUCGCCUGGGAUGGCCAGAAAACAGGACAAGCCCCUUCCUGCCCCUCCGCCUCCUCAGAGAGACCCGCCUCCUCCCCCUCCUCCUGAACGCCCUCCUCCCAUCCCUCCCGAAGGCCGAGCUGCCUGGAUAGCCGUGCCCUCCUCCGGGCUGCCCAGAGAUCCUGCACUGCCCCCAGAGGCCUGGAGCCCCAAGGACAGCAGCCCCCUGUCGGACGGCAGAGCCGGAGUGGAGCGCUCGCCUAAACUUGCCCACGUCGCCCCUGCUCAUAUCAACGGGAGACCUCUCAGCUGCACUGUUGCUGAGCUAGCGGUCAACCGGUCUAGCUACAGACCAGACACACACACAGACUGCAGUAAGCCCCUCUCCAACGGCCUCUUACCCUCAGAUGAAUACGACGUGCCUCCUCUGCGCCAUUCCCCUCCCCCUCCCACCCUCACCAGCAACAGCAGCCAGAGGUUUACUAACCCAUUCAGCAGCCCCUGUUUGGACCGAUCACGGCCAGUAACAGAGCAAGUGGAGGAUGAAUAUCAGAUCCCAUCAUCCCAUCCCGUCUGCAUCACGCAGCCUCCCGUCUGCAUCUCCGUCCGCAUUCCUAACAGGGGUUUAGAGAACGGCUCUCCAGAUCUCUCCUCGGAAGGGAAGAAGCCGAAAGCUCCCGAGCACAGUGGGUUUGACUCUGGCUUGUCGCUUUCGGGUGUGGCGCACACCACACAGUGUCCCCUCCACAACAACAGGACGCCAUCAGACUACGACAUUCUACUGCCACCACAAGCUCCCACAGUCGAGGAUCUGUUUAACACACCCCCUCCUUCACAGCCCCCGCCUCCUCCACCGGUUAGACACAGCUUUCCAGACGUCUCCUUGUCUCCGUCCUGCUCCAGAGCGGCUCGGCCCACGUCCGGACACGAGCGCUUCCUCCUCAACCCAGAUGCGUUCCUGGACGUCCUGAAUAGCUCAGCCCCCUUGCCCCCUGUUCGAAGACACACUGGGGAAAACAUAAAAUCAGCAGUCAGAACUUCGCAAGAGUAUGACCAGCUGCCUCCUACAUCACUGGCCGGGGACUGCCUGCAGGCACCUGCGCGGCCGCCUAAGCCCUUCCCCAGGAAGACCCCUCCAGACGUCCAGCACAGGAGGCCUCCCGAGUCCUCCCACGAGAAUGUGGAUGCAAAAAUCGCCAAGCUGAUGGGUGAAGGCUAUUCGUUCGACGACGUGAAGAGGGCCCUGAUGAUCGCCCAGAACAAGGUGGACGUGGCGCGGAACAUUUUGCGGGAGUUCGCCCUGGUGGCCCCGAGACUGAACCUGUAGCCCAACGCCCACCAUCUCUCUGUCUGACUGUCUUGACUCUGCCCUGAGAAUGUGGGCCUCAGACGGGCACCUCGCAGGGCCACUCCAGCACCUGCCCCGGGUCAGAACGAGGUCUGGGACGUAGGGAGCGCAAGACUGGACGCAGGCCCGAGGAGGAGCGCUAACGUUUCCAAACAUGAAACCUGUGAAAA